AUGAUGGGCUCGGUGCUGCCCGCCGAAGCCCUGGUGCUCAAGCCCGGGCUGAAGCCGCAGGGGCUCUCGCUGGCCGAGGUGAUCACCUCCGACAUCCUCCACAGCUUCCUCUACGGGCGCUGGAGAAACGUCCUGGGCGAGCAGCUCUUCGAGGAGAAGAGCAGCCCCAAGACCGCCUUCACGGCCGAGGUCCUGGCUCAGUCCUUCUCCGGAGAGGUGCAGAAGCUGUCCAGCCUGGUGCUGCCGUCGGAAGUGAUCAUCGCCCAGAGCUCCAUCCCCGGGGAAGGGCUCGGCAUCUUCUCCAAGACCUGGAUCAAGGCUGGCACCGAGAUGGGACCGUUCACGGGCAGGGUCAUCUCGCCGGAGCAUGUGGACCUGUGCAAGAACAACAACCUCAUGUGGGAGGUCUUCAAUGAAGAUGGCACGGUGCGGUACUUCAUUGAUGCCAGCCAGGAGGACCACCGCAGCUGGAUGACCUACAUCAAAUGUGCCCGGAAUGAGCAGGAGCAGAACCUGGAGGUCGUCCAGAUUGGGAACAGCAUCUUCUACAAGGCCAUUGAGACUCCUCUGAGCGAGCCAGAGGACUUCCACGCGGUGGAGACGGGGGCCAGCACGACGGGGCGUAUGCGCUGCGUCAUCUGCCACCGCGGCUUCAACUCCCGCAGCAACCUGCGCUCCCACAUGCGCAUCCACACCCUGGACAAGCCCUUCGUGUGCCGCUUCUGCAACCGCCGCUAGCAGUCCUCCACCCUCCGCAACCACGUCCGCUUGCACACCGGCGAGCGACCCUACAAGUGCCAGGUUUGCCAAAGUGCCUAUUCCCAGCUCGCCGGGCUGCGGGCACACCAGAAAAGCGCCCGCCAUCGGCCCCCCAACGCCUCCCUGCAGGCUCACUCGCCAGCCCUGCCCGUGCCCCAUCCCGCCUCCCUGGCCCAUCACAUCCCUACCAUGGUGCUGUGA